AUGUCGCUUGAUAUUCUACCCACAGAGCUCAUUCUCAUGAUUGAGAAGAAUCUGCAUUCCCAAAAAGACCGCAAUGCCUUGAUUCGCACGAGCGCGCGUUUCGCCCUCAUGUUCGACGAGAAACUAUACAAGAGCUGCUCAGCACAGGAACACAGCUAUAUUAUCCUAUGGGCAGCUAAGCGAGGCCUGGAGGGCACCAUACGCAAGUGCCUGAAGGCUGGCGCCAAAAUUCCACGGCGAGAUAGAUUCAGGUCUCAUUUGAUCGAUCGCGACGCACCCGAGUCUUUGAGUGUCAUCCCACGGCACCCCAAAUCACACCCAUUGACCGCAGCAGCCGAAUUUGGCUCACUGUCUUGCGUCAAUCUUUUCCUUGAGAAAGGCGUCAAUCCCAACUUGUUGGAUGAACACUACGAAACCCCACUGAGACAGGCUGCAGGAAAUGGCCAUGUCAAUGUCGUUGAGUUGUUACUUUCCAGCGAUGCUCUCGCAUUCACGGGUGCCUUCAAGCUGCGACGACCUCUGAAGAUUGCUGCGGCUCGCGGUCAUUUACCCGUGCUCAAGGCUCUGUUCUCUUUCCUUGGAAGUGCCGAUCGGAAUCUCACCGUCAAAGAUGCUGCCCAGAUCAUCCUAUACGAGGGACUCUGGCACAGCAAAGAAAGUGUUGUCAGGUAUGCACUCGAACAGGGUGCGGAUGUGAAUGACGAAAAUUCCGAGUUCGUGUUGCGAUUGGUCCAAGGUCACAAGAUCGGAGUGACCGUUCGAGGGAUCCCCACCGCAGGCUGGUCGAAUCUCAUCCCCAAUACCCUCCACGCUGCGCUCGUUGGUGGUGCUAGGAGGCUGGUUGAUUUGGUCCUUGCCAGUGGUUAUGAUAUUACUCAAAUUGGGCCCAUCCUGCGGUAUGCAGUCCUUCGGAGAGAGAACGUACUCAUCAGUAAGUUGAUGAACAUGGGGGUCAAUAUCACCUCAAAAAUCCUUUGUGAGUCCGUUUGUGGUGAAGAUUUGGAUAUGAAGGAGUUCAUGAAGGGGACCUUGGAGAAGACUAUGGAAGAACUGGGACUCAAUAAUUGA